CCGCGCGCUAGCAACCAGACAACCUGGCAUGACAACGCAGCAGCCAUUUUGGGAAGGUCGCUGUUCCCAUCAAAUAAAACGGAAACGCGCACUUCCCAACCCUUUUCUGUGAAGUUUACCAUGCUGUCAAACCGUGUGCUAUCAGUACACAACAUUAGCAAAUAUACCGCCUAAAAUCAGUGAAAGAUUACACACUUCCGUUGUCGCAACUGUACGGCAGCAAAAUGAAAAUGGAUCAUAAUUGUUUUGGAAUUCUUUCCUCCCACACUCAGAGACCACACCGAGAAUUGUGACCCUCCUAGUUUCGCAUCGUCGUUAGCACGCGUGAAAAGGAAAUCGUUUAUACCUAUGAUGUGGGCUCGCUUGCUUGGUUCUCCAUUUUGUAUAUUUAGCUCGAAGGGGCACUCGGAUUGACAGGCCGUCAUAAAGAAUGGAGAGACGUCAAAACAAAAGCCACCCGUAACAGCAUCAGCCCGGCUCCGUUUUCUCUUUUUAUCGACAGAUGUAGGAGGAGGAUACGACGCCAGAGGAAUUCGCAAAUAAAUACCAAGUCGGUCUUGGCGUGUUGUGCUCGGCCACUUCGAAGCAUAAUAAUGACGACAGACGACCAAUGGACUCUCAUCAACAAAAAGUCAUUUCAAGGAUGGACAACAGUGAAGUAAAUAUAACAUCACGGAGAGAUGACCAUUCAGGUAAACUGGUCUUCACCCAAAUCCCAGCUGGGGGUAGUCAAUUGAAAGUGCCCCCUCACAGUGCCAGCAGUUCUCCGGCUUCUGGUAUUCUCUCAUCCAUCCAUUUCAUGCAGCCUGGACAGUCUAACAGCCACAACAACAGCCCUGCUCCAGUGGAAGUCAUCGCGUCCUCCAUCACUGCCACGGUUAGCACCUUGCAAAAAGAUCCACAACCUAUGGGCCUGACCAAAGAUCAGAAGCUGCUCUCAUCCAGUCCCCCAAACUUAGAGGAGAAGUUGCAGUCUGGUGGCAGUAUAGCACACCUAACCCCAUCUUCCAUGGAUUCUCUUAUUGGGGGGUCAGAUCCUAGCUUUUUCACCAUGAAAACUGAGGAUUUCUCUCUGGAAAAAGUAGGUCACGAUCCUACUGAGCUUGAUCACGCCAUUGAGCACAUUGGCAAAGACAUGGAGAUGAGCCAGAAAUUUUUCAAUGAUAACACUCUGGAUCUGCUCAGUGACUUCGAGCUCACUGGUUCCCCGUCUGAUUUUUACGUAGGAGACGACGCUUUCCUUUCCACCCUGGCUGAUGACGGGAUGCUUGUGGAUGUCACCUCAGAAAAGGAAAUCAAGCCCAUUACCGCUGAAAGCACUAACGGAAGUGGCCAACUUUCUUUCAGUGGCAGUAACAACGUGGGAAGUCCUGACCAGUCCAGCUCAGGCAUCUCUACCACCUUAACCCCGACAACCACUUUGGUGAAGAAAGAAAAAGAUGCCGGCUUCAUUCAGCUCUGCGCUCAAGAUGCGAUUAAACAAGAGAAGAUGUCUUACUGCCAAAUAAGCAGUACCUCAUCUCCAGACCUGCCCACGUCUAGUCCCAUCUCCAUCUGUGGGGUGAGCACCUCGGGAGGUCAGAGUUUCCACUUCGGACUUGAUACAAAGCCUCUGAAGGAUCAGAAGUCUGCCACCUGUCAGUUUAUUCCUGUUGCCACUGUUGGUGGACCCUGGAACAGAGGCCUGGCUCCUGGACCAUCGUCAGGCUUGCACCAGGCCUCUGACUCAUUCUCAGCCACUCCUACAUACAACACCAGCUUUUCCAGCUCGACUUCUCCACCAGAAGGGACCACGGCACCGUCGUCGACCCAAGGAAAGAGUGGCACUCACAAAAUCUGCUUGGUGUGCUCAGAUGAGGCUUCCGGGUGCCACUAUGGUGUGCUCACGUGUGGCAGUUGCAAGGUGUUCUUCAAAAGAGCAGUGGAAGGACAACAUAAUUACUUAUGCGCUGGGAGGAAUGACUGCAUCAUCGAUAAGAUCAGGAGAAAGAACUGCCCAGCGUGCCGUUUCCGCAAGUGUCUGAUGGCGGGGAUGAAUCUAGAAGCGCGUAAAGCCAAGAAGAAUCGUUUAAAAGGUAUCCAGUCAAGCAACCCGCCCAUGGUGCUACCCCCCAAGCCGGCCGAACCCCAAGCACUUGUCCCCAAGUGUAUGCCUCAACUGGCCCCCACCAUGCUGUCCCUUUUGAAGGCCAUCGAGCCCGACACCCUCUACUCAGGCUACGAUAGCUCCUUGCCUGACACACUUGCCUACUUCCUGACCUCCCUGAACAGACUGGGCGGCCGACAGCUGAUCUCUGCAGUCAAAUGGGCCAAAGCUUUGCCAGGUUUCAGGAACCUCCACCUUGAUGACCAGAUGACCUUGCUCCAGUGCUCCUGGCUCUUCCUCAUGUCUUUCAGCUUGGGUUGGAGGUCUUACCAGCAGUGUAACGGCAGCAUCCUCUUUUUUGCUCCUGACCUAAUCGUGAACGAGGAGCGAAUGAAGCUGCCGUACAUGGCCGACCAGUGUGAGCAGAUGAUGAGGAUUAGCAGCGAGUUUGUCCGGCUGCAGGUUUCCCUCGAUGAGUACCUGUGCAUGAAGGUCCUGCUCCUGCUGAGUAUUGUGCCAAAGGACGGCUUGAAGAGUCAGGCGGCUUUCGACGAGAUCCGCAUGUCGUACAUCAAGGAGCUGGGAAAAGCCAUUGUGAAGCGCGAGGAGAACUCCAGCCAGAACUGGCAGCGUUUCUACCAGCUCACCAAGCUGCUGGACUCCAUGCACGAGAUGGUCGGUGGGCUUCUCAACUUCUGCUUCUACACCUUCGUGAAUAAAUCGUUGAGCGUGGAGUUCCCUGAGAUGCUGGCCGAGAUCAUCAGCUACCAACUUCCCAAAGUCAAGGCCGGCGGCGUCAAAGCGCUUCUUUUCCACCAGAAAUGACUGCUAUCUCCAAACAACAUGCACAACAUGCCUUAAUAUCCGAGACCAACACCUACUUUCACCCUGAAGAGCGACAGCGAAAAGACUCUCAGCGUCUUUGGGAGUGAGAGGUCUGGAGGGAGCGGCCGCAGGUGCACAGAGGUUUUGUUUUGUUUUUUGUUUUUUUUAAAAAAAAAAAAAGAUUUCUUAGGAAUUGUUUGGAGACGAAAGCGCUUCACACCCAUGUUGUCUCAGGUGGCUUCCUUUAUAAAUACACAACUAUAUCCAAUAGAUUCUAUGUAUAAAUAACAGAUUCUAAUAGUAUUUUCACAUUUUUCCAGGUUGUAAUCACAUGGUAGAGAAACGUCAUGACGAAUUAGUAUUUUUUAACGCUUUACUUUUCAUAGGAGGGUGCGACUAGAUAGCGACACUGGUCGAUUAUUGAGCUUCAUUCUGUGCUUUUUGUCCUUUUUUAUGUUAAGAUAAUUCCCAAGGACUGUUUUAUCACAUUAGCUAUUCAAAAGGAUGAUUUCUCCCCAAGCUGACCUCUUCCAGGUUUACACGUUGUUUCACGAAAAGGGAAAGAAAAAAAAAAUGUGCCUUUUUUUUUUUUUUGCGUUAAAUAU